ACCCUCAUGCAUCAUGGUAGCCACAGCUCCCCGGGCUACCUACAAAGCAGAGGAGGAGCCUGAGCAUCAUGGACUAAGCUCACCGAAGAAGAAGCAUCGUAUAAUCCUGACAAGCCGUACUCAUGACUAUGACCAGGAAUAGGUACUCGCAGACACGAAAGAACAACAAGAAGCCACUCAAGGUCUUCCAGGCCAACGUCGGCAAGAUCCCUCUGGCCCACAACUGCGCCCUGGCGCUAGCCGACUUGGAACAAUAUGACAUUAUACUCUUACAGGAGCCGUAG